CUACAGACAAGACUUACCAGUAGACUUGGUGGAACUCCAAACAAAUGAGUGGGAUCCAUUGUUGGAGUGGUUCAACAAUCGAUACGAUACAGACGUUACAUCCACGAUGUCCAUCAUGCCACCAACGAUACCUGAAGACACUAGAUCAAAGCUGCAGCAUCAUCUAAUGACUCACAAUGACUGGGCAUUACUCGGGUAUGAAAGUGCGGUGCAAUCCUUGAAGUCACUGGUGGUAGCGUUUGCUCUGAUGGACCGACAUAUUCACGUUGAGAGAGCCAUGGCAUUAUCAAGAUUAGAAGAGCAAUUUCAAAUAUCUAAAUGGGGAGAAGUAGAAUGGGGGCACCGAAUUGAUCAUAUGGAUCUGCAAGCAAGAGUUGCAGCUGCAACAUUAUUUGUCCACCUGGUAACAGAAACAGCGCAUAUCAUUAAGAAAAUCGCAGUAUGACACCUGUAGAAUCCAGUGUUAAAUUUGAAUGUGAUUGCUGGAAACAAUAAGGGGAACAGAAUCAUCAACACUUUGGAAAGGGGAUGAAGGACUAACAACAAAAAAUAAUUCAUGCAGAAUAAAAAUAAAUACAAUCUAACGUCGCAAUUCAAAUUAAUGUACAUUUGAACUCAUGAUGUAGCAUGUAAUCCUGUAAAUUAUGUUCCAUAUUUGGAUGAUUAAAAGUAUACCUAAUAUAA